AGAUUGUUGCAGCAGAGAGUAGGGUAGAUAAGCACGCGAUACAAAAUCCUGGAACUGUGCAAAACAAGGAGAAAGACGAAGAAGAAGCAAAAAAAACACAGAAAAAUGGCAGAGAAAUUGGCACCGGAGAAGCGUCACAUCUUCCUCCACAACGGUCAAAAGGUUUUCGAAUGGGAUCAAACCCUAGACGAGGUCGAUAUCUACAUCAAUCUUCCUCCAAAUGUUCAUUCCAAGCUUUUUUACUGUAACAUUCAGUCCAAACAUAUUCAGCUUGGUAUCAAAGGCAAUCCUCCCUUUCUCAAUCAUGAUCUUAGUUCGCCGGUGAAGACUGAUUCUUCCUUCUGGACUUUAGAGGAUGAUAUAAUGCAUAUAACCUUGAAUAAAAGAGAUAAGGGUCAGACAUGGGCUUCUCCCAUAUUAGGUCAAGGUCAGUUGGAUGCUUACUCUACUGAUCUUGAACAGAAACGCCUCAUGCUUCAAAGAUUUCAAGAGGAGAACCCGGGUUUUGAUUUUUCACAAGCUCAGUUUAGUGGAAACUGCCCUGAUCCAAGGACCUUCAUGGGUGGAAUUCGAUCAGAUUGAUCUUUGCCAUAUGAGUUUGUAUCUAAUUACCUGCUGUGAUGUAAGAUGAUAGUCAGAUUAAUAAUCUUUGUAAUCUCUCUUGUCUCCUUGUUUGAUGCCGUUUAAUUUAAUUAUAAAGCAAUCUUAUUAAUUAUCUGUGUAA